AUGCCUACGUUUGAAGAGCUCGGACUCAGCCCCGAACUUUCGGAGUGCUGCCGACGCAUUGGUUGGAAAUACCCUAUGCCCAUCCAGGUUGCAGUCUUGUCCCAUGCGCUAAAGGGUUAGUAUCCGAUGUCACAAGGCUAAAUUAUUAUUUUUUUUAGGAAAAGACGUCAUCGGUACGUCGGAGACUGGGUCGGGCAAGACUGCAGCAUUCCUGUUGCCUAUCCUCCAGGCAAGUUACUCAGAAUUGGCUUUAUUUGCUCCAUGUGUGCCUCCUUUCUCUUGCGCCCCAUUCAGACUUUGGAAGUUUUCCUAUUUUUUCAACGAAGUCCAUUACGACUGUGAAUUUAAAGCAUCCAUAAUCGUUCUCUUAACUGUAGUUAGCCGUCAGGUCUAACGGGUUUGGGUAUGAUAUCACUGGAUUUAUCUCUACUUGGUCUAAACAAAACGCGAUUGUUUCAAACGUCGCCUUAUUUUUCUGAGUCUUUCUAAGCCACUAAUAUGCUGACUGGGGAUUCUUCUUUCGGAAACAACUGUAAUCGUAUCACCCUGUGGAAUCAGCAUUGUCCUGCCCAGAAAUUACGCGGGCUGAGUUCACGGUUUCCUCUAUAUACCUCUAUACUCCUGUGAUGAGACGAAAUCAAGACGACACGGUGACUGACCUAUCACGAGGCACAUUCAGCGAGUAACGCAAUGUGCCACCCUCCUUUCCCAUAACCGGGCUCGGCCUUGGAGGCAAGUUUUUCGACCUAGACAACAUGCUUGCUAUCCACAUCUGGUUUCCCGCGUUCGUCAAGGGUGCCGCCAGGUUGUGUAUGCUGUCUUUAACGCAGUUUCGAUUAUCUACAGAUGACAGCGAGGUGCGUGGUACUCAGUGUGAAUGCCAAUCCUUCGAGGCGACUAUCUGUUCCUGGUCAUUCUAUACACAAACGCCAUAUGAGAGCAAUGAUGAUUUUCGCCGAGAAUAGCUGUCUACAUUUCGAAAGGUGCUGAUUCCCAGUUUUAAACGGAGGUCUGGGCGAAGACAGCUCCUCAACUCACAUGGUUUCUGCAUUUUGGGUAGUCCACUUGGACUAGAAGAGUCAGGAAUUGCGAGUAGCACUUACCGUACUUGCCCGCUAUACUAUGGCGCCAAUUAACUUUCACAUCCACGGUUCCGAAUUUUUCUUACCGUUACACUUCAUGUUAUCCACUUUCCAUUUUUACUAGAAAAUUGUCUGCAAAUCAACCAUACUCUUCUUAUUCACCGUUGCCAUAUUUGUUCAUAGUGCUGGCUAUCAGCGGGUCGGCCAACUGGGUAUGCCCUCAUAUUAGCCCCAACGAGAGAGUUAGUCCUCCAAAUUGCGGAAACUGCGAAUCUGCUUAUGCAAGACUUUGACUACAGCAAACUGACUGUGUCGGGGGCUGGUGGCAAGCUGAAUGUCAUCCGCCUAAUUGGCGGCGAGGACGCCGUAGAACAGGCGAUUGCCCUGGCCUGGUGUCGUCAUCACAUCAUUGUUGGUACGUCCGCCCUCUUGUUACUCAAAUCCUCUCUUCUCCUAAGUAAAUUCCACCUCAAAGACAACUCGGACCUUAGUAUUUGAUUUUCAGAUCUAUGCCCGCGUGUAUAGUAACGUGGUAUUGGUUUGCGUUCCCUUCAUGCCAGCAACCCCCGGCCGCCUGUUGGAGCAUAUGAAACAGUCGCCUGGAUUCGCCCAGCAUCACCUCUCCAAAAUGAAGCACCUGGUACUAGACGAGGCCGACCGAAUGCUCAGUAUGGAGUUCGCCGAUGACAUUGACGCCCUCCUGAGUGUUUUUGAGAGACCGGUAGCCUUGCUCGCACCAUCGAAACACCCCAACAGAGCCAAGAAAGGCCAGUCCUACUUAGAUCGGAUCCAGCAGGAAAGGGAGGCAGAGGGCAACGAAAGUGGCAAAAAAGGUUUGUACCUCUUCUUUUGUCAAUUUGAUGUCGCACGUGUCCACUGUUUGCGUGCUACAGUCUUUAGAUGGAGGCCUAAAGCCGUCGUCUUGACUGUUGCACCUGAUUUCAUCCUCAAUUCGCCUGACUCGGAUGUACCGCUAGUACGUGAGCAAAAGGAGAAAGUGGAGUCGUUAUAGCUCAGUUCCAGCACUCAGUUUCCUCGUUGUGGACAUUCCGACACGUUUUAGACUAUCACGACCCGAUAACACACGGGACUUUGGGGGAUUCAGGGUCGGGAUGCAGUGCAUCUUCACUGUGUUGUUUAUGGGACUCACUAAUGUAGCAAAUGUUUCGUAUAGAGCAGAGCCUACGCGAAACUUGUGGAUUUGGCUUCAACCGCUGUGUCUAUCUGCCUUGCCGGCGGAAGGAGUGAGGCAUCUGUCGCGCAUGUAACGGUGGUUCCCUCCUCCUCGCACGCCCGGGCGAAUUAAUUGUGUCCGUCCAUCAGCGAAUUAUAAAAAUUCUGCUUAGUAUGCUAACACCUGAGGUAGGUUUUCAAUUAGCUUUUCUGCAUCCAGCCUAGUUAACAAAUUAAGGAGAGGUCGUACCACUGCAUAUACGACCUCCUGGAAGUGCUAUAUACGGCUUUGGCUUCAGUUGAAUCCGGAAAAUGCAUAUGGGCACUUGUUUUUGUUUAGCCUUCCUUCAAAAUUUUAAUGCUACUGUGAUAUAAGCGAUCGUCAGAAUUUGGCUGUUUGCGCCGUGUGCAUGCUGCCCGAGUUUUGACCGUCAGAUUAUUCAUUUUAUCGCACUGAAAUACCUACUUAAAUAAAUGUAGUAUAUGUAAUUUUGUUCAUAAAAUGGGCUGAGCGGGGUAUGAUGCGACAUGAAAACCUGGCUCCUUUACGAUUCAACAGAAUUAGCAAUGGGCUUUUGAUUUUUUUUAAAUAAUAGACAUUUAUUAUGUUUGAUGCGUGGAGUACGUUGAGGAGACUGUAUAAGUUGGACUCGAUAAAAGCACGGAGAGGCACGAAAAUCAUAGCAUCGAAAACGCUAGGCUUAGAGGGUUUUUCGUUUGACCAUUCGGGCUUUUGCGUUUGGGGCCGGGUCGUGCGGAGAAAUCAUUUGCAAGCCGGCACGGGUACAAAGUUUUGGAGGAAUUCUUUCCCUAAAACUGGCAGAUCUAGACCAGAGUCCUCUUUGAAGCUCGUAGUGCGUUGUUUUCAACACUUCGAGCAUUUGUUUAUACUAUCUGGUUUAUUCAGGGAAGUGACGGAGUGUACGUGGGAAGUCUAAAAUUCUCAUCCUGGCUUCACUUUGAUGUUAGUGACCAUUUCCUUGUAAGUAAAUCGUAUAACCCGAACAAAUGCAUAUACUUCCCGAAAAAUCGUGUCGUUUUUCUCAACAUUGUCACAUGCUCACAAAAAUGCUCGUAUUCCUGAAGGUUGCCUUCUAAUUUCCAGUUUUCCUCCUAUCGGUCAGAAAUGUAAGCAAAAGCCGCUAUCCAAAUAGAAGACGCCUGCUGCACAGCCUCAUCAGAACAUUUUUGCCUGAAAUCAUAGUUUCUAAUGUUUGUUCGCUUGUUUUUUUUUGCGUAGAUUAUUCAUUCUACCAAUUCGGAGGUUAUUUUUGACAAGUUUAUCUUGACACUGCUAUUUUUAUUUCUAUGGAAAGCCCGCGAACAUUAACAACUCGACCCGGCUUUGAUGUCCUUUCGCAUGGAUGUGGCAAUAUUAUAGUAGUACAACUGUUGGAUUACCACCACUUCUGGUGCAUAUAAACUAUCCGGAAAAGUGUUAUGUUCAUGUUCGGGGGCAACUGUUCAGUGUUCUCAACAAUACUAAGAUACUUCUGUCACUCAUCUCCUGAGAUGUUCAGCAAAAUUGAAGCUCUAAAGCUCGACACCUGCAUCUGACGAAAACCAUGACGUGGCGUGCAGUGGCUGCGUGCAACGGUUUGAUGAUGAAGGUUGUUCCCUGAAGCUCUUGAAUUCGAAAGGGGGCAUCACAAUCCACGCCCACUGGUAAGCCAGUUUAAUGUUCUAAGAUUGUGCUCGACAACGGCAGGCAACGUCUUGUAGGAUUACGAACCUCUCUCGCCAUGUCGUUGCACCUCUACGACUUGUAACCAACUUUCAAGAUCAGUGCUCAUCCAUGCAUGAAGGCAUUACUUCUGUUUGAUCCACGGCCGUCUAUUCAUCAGGCCCGUAAACCUACUCAUUUUGUAACAACAGUUAGCGCAAGCACCUGCGGAUGCUGCGGGUCGCCCGCAUCUAGGUUGACCACCAGGCUUCGUCUUACUGUAAGCCACCUGUAUUAACGGGUCACAUUGUAGGCUAGUAAUGUUCUAUUAUCGUCCCCUCUCCUUCUCCCCCCUGACUACGUUCGUGCUCUUUCCCAUUCAGAGAAUGUGUACCAACACAAGGGUGCCCGAUUCCCACAUCCCCAGACCCACCUCUACACCGCAACCAUGACCAAGGAUGUGGGAAAGCUGCGUCGCGCGGCACUAAACCGCGAUGCUGUGUUCUGCGGUGUUUCCCCCUCCGACGGACAGACAGGAGACACUGCCCAGACGACGGUUGGCCAGGUAGUUGGGUCAGCGGCGGUGGGCCUUCCGGCUGGUCUCGCUCACUUCUGCCUGCCUGUGCGGCGAACGGACAAACUGGCUGUCCUCGACUGGUUGGUGGAAUGCGCCCUUAAGGGGAGCACGGAAGCCCAGAAGAUGGGGAAUGAACAAGAGGGUUAGUUGCAAUCCGCCUACAUGAGUCGGCUUAUUUGAAAUAUCAGGCUGAUGCUCCCGUCAACUUCUUCACCUAUCCACAAUAGCUUAUCAACUAAAAUAAAAACGAGUAGUGUUUUUAUCGCAUAAGGGCUGUCCUUUAUCCAUCGUUGGAGGGACACCCAACCAGGCGACACCCUUCAGCAUGCCAAAUUGUCUUUGGAAUAUUUUUACGCUAAUCAAUUUUUAAACCUCGUCACAGUAAUACUUUCUGUUUAAAGGUAUAUUUAAAGAUUUUCGUCAGUAUUUCAUGAACCUCAGAAAUUACCAUAACACCGUAGGUGGUGAACACCAAGUGGUUCUUCCUCCCCAGUUUCUAGAAUUCCUGUCAUAUGUCUGCUCAACAAUCGCACUAGGCCCGAUUAUUCCCUGUCCCAUGGUAUAAACAGAAUGAAUUCGUUCCCAUUCCUGAUUUCUGAAGGGAAUGUUUCGCACACAUUGUCAAACGGGCGUUUUCGACACUCCUCGGUUAGCCUGCAACGCUUUACCUCCAAAGGCUAACUGUAUUGCAUGUAGAUUUUUCUGUUCGAGCCUGAAUAAAUCGCGUCAGAUUUGCAUUUCCAAUCAGAUGUACGCUCCAGGGCCUCGAUAAAGAAUUUCAAAUAUUGAUUAUUUACCUUGACUGAUGCUAAUUUUGGAUUUUACGAUUGCAAUAUAUGUGCUCUCAGAGUCCGAAUAUUUCACGUCCCGACGAAAGUCGGCUUGCCAUGGUCCAUCCGGCAGACAUCAGUUCUAGCCUUCUUUCACGCCCCGUUUUUUCUUAAUCUUCUCUGUCUCUUCGGGGGGCGGUAGAUUUUCGGAUCAUCGUCUUCUGUGCGCGUUGUCACGAGACGCGCUACCUGGCGGGCUUCCUGUGCGAACGCGGUCACCCAGCCGUCGGCCUGACUGGUCGUCUGCGUCAGUCUGAACGUAAGCGCGUCCUCUCCGAGUUCUGUGAGGGCCGUGCCAAGGUCCUAGUCGCGACAGAUGUCGCCAGCCGGUUAGUCACCAUCUUACUUUGCCUUACUUUCUCUUUCACUGUCGAAAGCCUAGCCUGUUUUGUCCACUUAGGCCCCCCCCCUCCCCGUGGCACAAGUCCGCAGAACUUACCUAAACGUAUAAUGUUAAAGAGGUGCAAGCUAGAAGUUUUGUGAGUUUCUAUGCUGUGUUCGUCAGUUCUUAACUUUCGCGCAUAUCCAACACCGACUUCUAGUGGAGAAUGUACUGCCUCCAUCCCUGGUCAGAGGUGGAAUUACGCGGAGUUUUGUUCUUUCCUCGAUGCUUGCUCUGAUGGUUUGUGUGGAAUCCUAAUGGGAUUCGGGCAAAACGCUUAGGGAAGGAAGGUCUGGCGACUUACAUUCCCCACUUUCUCUUUCUGACAUCAGCAGGUAGACGUGAUGUUUUGGUCCUUUAAUCCCUCCUCAGCUGGUGUCUGUAAACUUGACCUUCAUAGACGUAUUUUUUGUCGUUGUUUCGGGGACAUCUUUAAUUUGCUUCAGCCGUCACAGAAUUAAGGAGGUUCGUAGAGUUUAUGCCAGCUCCCGCUACCUAUGUCACCGACAAAGUGGGCCCCCAAAGUUCACCUUGCGCCCACUCACCGCCUUCGUACUAGCCCAUAGAUUAUUGUUUAGGAACUUCAAACAACCGAUUUAGGAACGUUUGGAGCGCACCGAUCCGGUCGGCUUGACUCGGACACGCCGCUGAAGCCUGAUGGAAAGGAUAUUUAGGCCAAUCCAACGCACAUUCUCCCCACUCCGACGGCUUCCAAACUAUCACGAUGUGCUAACAGGCGAGACCUCGAUAGUUUUGUCGGCUAGAUCGCAGUUGGUAGCCAGGAAUGGGGAAGCGGACGGCGACCUUAACCUCAAUCCUAACCCGAACCUCAACCGUUAACCUUAACGGCAACCCUAACCGAAAUCGUGAACGUAACCGUAGCCCUUAGACAUAGCCGUAACAGGAAAACCUAACCGUAAUAUUGAAACCUAAUCGUACGCCCAAACCCUAACCGCGACCCGAAAACCUAAGCCUAAGGACAUAACCCUAACCCGAAAAUCGGAAACCGUUAACCAGUACCCUAAUCCUAACCUCAGACGUAACGCGGAAGCCAAAUGGGUCAGAUGCGACUGUGGAACCUCACAACAUGGCCCCUGUAAACAAACCCACCAGCCACCUGUAAUAUGGGGCCUGGUUACCGACUGCGAUCUAGCCGUUUUGUCCUGUUGAGAUACCCCGCCCCUCCCCUUCUCCUCCCCCUGAGGUCUGAGGUUCAAGCCACAAUGGCCUUUAUGGUAACUCCCGACGCAAAACUCGUUCAUCCGCUGACCAGCACGUGUGUGGCGCGCGUAGACGCGAGUUCAACCCCGCCAAGCACUGCGCCCACACCCCUCUCUAGUCGUCUUUGCCCCUACCAUGGGAAGGGCGUUCAUCGGUCAGGUUACCGGACGUGUUCGUCUCCUUGCGCUCUGGAGCUCAAUUUAGAGCCGUCGAAAGCAGUCGCAUAGUACUGACCAGUAAUAGUGACUGGGUGUGGGAAGAAAGGAGGGACUGGUGUUGUGAAAGUUCUUCUAUUGGAGCCGGUUACGCUGUCCUGGUUCCACAUGUAAUCGCAAUGUGGGCAUUGCAAGCAAGCCGAAUGAGGAUGUUAAAAUCGCUAGUGGGAAACUAUCCUAUGCUAAGACGGAAAUGGACAACCUGAUGUUUCGGUUUAGAGGUAGGGUUAGUUUCAGGGUUUUGGUCAGUGUCAGGCUGAGAGUUGAGUUUAGGGUUUGGGUUUGUGUCAAGUUUAAGGGUUCCGGUUAGAGGUAGGGUUUGGAUUGCGGCUUAGGUUUUCGUUGAAUGUUAAGGUUUGGGUUAGUGUUAGAGUAGGGUUAUGGUCAAGGUCGGGUUUAGGGUUAGGUUUAUAAUUACGUUAAGGAUUAGGUUUAGUUUCGGGGUUGUGGUUAAGUUUACCGUUAGGUCUGGGUUAUUGCUGCACCGCGCGCCCUACCAGCCAGAUCUUUUGCGGGGAUUCUGAGCUUCCUUCAAUCUCGCGGCAGAUUUGUCAUGCAUCAGGAUGACUUUUCCGUUUCAGUCUCGGCUACUUUUCCCACUAACUAUUUCAGCAUCCACCCUUCGGCUUACUUUCCGUCAAUGCCCACAUUACGCUUGCACUUGGGACCAGGACAGCGUAAUUAGCCCUUGCCGUUCCUGCACAAGUAAACACUACGCCCCUCUGUGCAAGUGGUAGUCUUCGUCGAACUAUCGGACAAACCCCCACCCACUGCCGGUGACUUUGUUUCUGGUUGUGCCGCUGUUUUUCGCGAUGCCAGUCGAGAAGCUGUCCCCUCCCUCCCUCCCGGGGGUUAUUACAUUGCCUUCCCCUUCACUCCCCAUCCCCCCCCCCUUUCAGUGGUCUCGACUUGCCGCUGGUGGCGAUGGUCAUCAACUAUGGCACGCCACUGACCGCCAAGAUCUACCGUCAUCGCGUCGGUCGAACGGCACGUGCCGGACGCCGAGGCACCGCGGUAACUGUGAUCACUCGUGACGACGGCGCCGCCUACCUGGAGCUGGAGGCUGCCCUCCUGCCGCCGGCAUCGCGUGGGGCGGAGCAUGGCAGCCUUCCGCGCUGGCCAACUCCCCUCCCGCCUGAGAAAACAGGUCCUCGCGACCGCGGUGGGACCUGUUUGCUGCCAAUGUCCACCCGUCGUCGGCUAGCGGAGGAGGCAUGGUCGCGUGCCGCUAAGGUAUGCCUGUACUACUUGUUGCCACCAGGCGCCCAGUAGUAUAAAAAUGCUGAAUGAUUUGCCAUGCUGACGACAGCAGGGGCACUGACUAAAAGCUUGGACAGAGAUGUUUCGCCCGUCCUGUGCCGCUGUAUGAUGCAACUGCGAGGCGUUCGCCCCAUUGGUGUGUCCCAUUCGCUUUCAGGUCGAGCCUGAGCCUUUUUUUACGAAGGGUCUCCUUCAGGUUAGUACAUUAACCUCCGAGGAAAUUUUAAAGGGCUGCGUUGGAACUGGAGUAUCCACUAUAGAGCGCAGGGAAACGCUGGGAGACCCACUGAUGAACCAAACCUCUCGCAGCUGCGUCAAGUAUCACCACAGGAUCGGCAAAACACACGUGUCUGAGCUUUUAGAAAGUACCUGUGUUGUCAGUACGGUAAAUCCUUCAGUAUUUGUAUUAUUUGGGUUAUAAUACUGCCAAGACGUUGUGUGCUUACUGUUACUUGGGUGUCAUAUUUGUCGAAUAACGAAAACAAUGGUGUGAUUAGGUAAUCUAAUAAAAAAGCCGGGCGGAAAGAUGGCGCCUGAAUUCAUUCAGUUGAUGUUAAACUCAUCCCUGACUGGGGCGACCUUGGGUCCCGCAAUUCAUUUGUUCCUGUAACGCCUAUUGGGCGGUUGACAGACCAAUGUGCAUUGGUUGAAAUACACGCCUUCCGUGAUUGGUUGGAAAUCCCAUCAAAUGAGCCGUCAACGCACACUGUCAACAAUUCUGGCUACAUGGCUGAGUGUACAGCACGUACGAGGGUACCAUAAGUACUACUCAGAUUUUCCCAUCAGCGAGAGUGCCACAGAGACUACAGCAAGGAGGAACCAUUUCAGUCCUGCCAUAUAUCCUGAGAUAAACUGAAUUAUCCUGGCAAUUUGCAAUCUUCUCAACCAUCUAGGCCAAGGCCCGUUAAAACAUAUAAUAGUUAGUUAUACAUAUUAAACCUAGUGGGGUUACACAACCUAUCCCUACCCAAUAAAAUUUGACCUCCAUCCGGAGGACGAGCGAAUCCGCUUUGAAACAGUCUCUCAUACCUUUACGUUAUGCAUGCUGCUCGAUUGCGAAUGUCUACUUAGGCCCCGACGCCCAGUUAAAUAAAGGGUGCAUACAUUAGGUGGGCUAACUCAUGAAAUCUCAACCAAAAUUCCGAAACGCGUUUUCGUUUCGAAAAGAUUAAUUAAUUAGUGUUUUAACAACAACCAACGUGAGUAUAAUUCUAUAAUAAUCCAGUUACCCCAGGAGACCAGCUUUUGGAUAAACGUCUUUUCGGCUUCAUACAAGAACCGUACUCCGUAAAUGGGUUCUCCUUUCGAAAAGAUUAAUUAAGUAGGGUUGUAAAAUUAGUCAGUCUGCAACAUGGUUCUACAAUACUUCGCUUGUCCUCUGGAUGGAGGUCAAGCUCGCUUGGUCAAGGAUAGGUUGUGUAACCCCACUAGGUUUAAUAUGUACAACUAACCUUUAUAUCUGUUUUAACAGGCCUUGGUUAGUUUAUUAAUUUAUCGCUACGCCGUCUACGCCAAAUCACAGAUGAUGUUGAACCUCGUCUACGUGGAUCCAUACUGCGCAACCCGACAUCGGUGUUUCUUCGUGGAGAAUCCGUUUCAGUCAGCUCCAAUAGGCCUCAAUCGCGUUGACCUGCUUUCCUGUAGUCGAAUCCUUGAAAUGCUUGAUACGACCCACUGUAAACUACUCAAUGCUGAUGCAUUUGGCGUCUACACUGGCAUUUUGUCACACUAGGUAGCAGUCCUCUUGCCGGCCAGUAUUCUACCACCUCCGAAUAUGUAGCUUGUCCUCUGGAUUAAGGUCAAACCCGUUUGGAGACGGAAAGACUCUACUUGCUGAUGGUUCACGCAUUUUAUGUCAUAGUGCCAUCAUUGUAUUGUGUGGUAGCCGCUGGCAGACUGCGGUCCUUCGCAUCGCUUUCGUUGCUGCUGAUUUCAUGAGGUCUGGAAGCCCACUUACUUCAUGGCCAGCUUUCACUAAGGGCAGUUCCAACAUCUGCCGCUUACUGACGCACUGAAUGGUCGAUAGACGGGCGUCAUCCUCCAGCCUUUUUUCUCCUGUCAGUUAGGCGGGCAGCAUCUUAUAAUGCCUCAGCACUUCCACUGAGCCAAUAUGACAGGGUAAAGCCCCAGUUACCUGUGCAGUUCACCAGCAGGUUGUCUGCUUGACGGAAUGUUUAAUGCCGUCUUGUAUGGUGCCUGACAGUAAUGACGGAUUAUUAGUAACCUCCCAUUACAUCCGUUUGCCCGCCUUGUCGGUUCGGUCGUCGGUAACGACGAUGUCCACCGUGUGCGCGUAGGUCGGUGACUUAGGCGUGAACUAGUUUAUAGUUAUAGCCGCAUCCGCCGCACUCUCUCCUCCCUCACCCUCCCGGAACCAGUGGUAGGACUGGAUCAAAACGACCGUUUGCGGGGUCGUGCGCAGUGUCUGACCUACCUAAACACCCAGUCCACGCACGCCUGGUCCGCGCAAAAAGGAUCAGGUCGCAGACAGAAGCAGUCGACCCGGAUUCAAUAGAGGCCAAGGCGCCAUUGCAGCCUGACUCUGCGUCCUGUGAGCCAGUUGGCAGCCUUCCAAGCCACAGCUUUUAGCGCUUCGUGAUAGUUUUAGGCGAGUCACGCUGAGUGCCAUGGGGCUGGAGUCCCCGAGUCGGCCUCACCCCUCUGCCCCCAUGCACUAACCCACUGUCCAAGCCGGUCAGCCAUCUGAUGCUGAAAAUGGGCUCAGUGACUGACAGAACUUCGGCAGCGCGCCUGCACGUGCCACACUCGACCCCGACCUUGCAUGAAUGACAGAACUCCGGUGGCGCGUCUACGCGUGCCACGCACGGACCUGACCUUACAUAACUGACAGGACUUCGGCAGCGUGUCUACACGUGCCACACACGACCCCGACCUUGCAUGAAUGACAGAACCUCGGCAGUGCGUCUACGCGUGCCACGCAAGGACCUGACCUUGCAUGAAUGACAAAAUUUCGGCAGCGCGUCUACACGUGCCACGCACGGCCCUGACCCCUGCGUAUUGCGUCGAGUCUUUACAAAAGGAUGUGUGACUCUGGUCUCCGAGCGCCGAAAAUGGCAGUAAUUUUAUCCAAUUCUCUCUCCAAUUAGCCUGACUUGAUAUGCUUGCCUCUUUUCUGAGGGUUCGCUGUUCGAAUUGAUUGAUCUCUGAGUAUUUCGUGUUUUAUCCGUGCAGGCCCUACGACAGGAGGAGGAACGACGAAUUGAGGAACUACGGGCUGCUGGUGCCUCCUCGGAGAGUGAAGACGGGGCGGCCACGGACCGCUCUGAUGUCGAUCAGGAUGGUGAGCUAGAAUUGGCCAAUCAACACUGGGCAAGCGGAGCUGCCGGUAUUGAGGCCGCUCGUCGGGCCUACGCCGAGGCCUCCAGGCAGCGGAAGAGACGGAAUGCGACGCAGGAGGAGGAGGGGGUAGCCGAACUGGGUGCUUCGGAGGACGAAGAGGAGAACGAGGGACGUGGAAACUUACAGUUUGAGCAGCCAAUCAAGAAGAAACGUCAGGCGGCUGCCCAGCAACGCAAGAAGAUGAAAAAGAAAGAAUCACGCGUCAAACAUGACGUUCUCAGCUAG